CGAAUGAAAAUGACUAACAAUAAGCUACAAGUUUUAUAUUUGUUUGUGUUUACAACUAUUUGCAUUGUUAUAAACUAUAUAGAAUGCGUACCAAGAGAAGCAUGUCGUAAGCAGAUUUUUAAGACCAACCAUAUGAUUUCACUUUUAGACGAUGAUCAAAAAUACGACCUGAUUGAAUAUCUCUUACGUGUAUUCAAAUAUGAUGGAAUGGCGGAAUUCCUUUACCCACCAGAUUCUAGGUUUAUGACAGGCAGAAGAGCGAGAGAUUUAGCUUUAAUGUAUCAUAGAAUAUACAGAAAUGAAAGGGCAAUUCAACUGAAAUUAGUGCAAAUCCUAGACAAUCUAAUGAGGGAUCUUGACGAUGGACAAAAAUAUCAACUGAUAGAAGGUCUCAUAAAGGAAAACAAUUAUGGGGCAGAACAAACAGUUCAUUUCGGCGAACGUGGUUCCUGGAAAUCGGAGGUAAAGGAAAGAAGAAACAUUUUAAAUAAAGCAUACAACGAUUUUCUCGAUGAGACAUUGAAAGGCUACCGAAUGUGCGAGAAUGACGACGGCAAAAAAUGUAUAUUGGUCGGGUUAAUCAAGCGCACACUAAAUUAUCAGUUGACGAACGAGGCAGAAUGUAAUGGCGGCAGUUGCAUUAUAACUUCGACAGAGUGGAUUACGGAACCUGGCGUUUUAUCUAGAAUUCCGCCAGUAAUAGAGACAUAUCAAGAUAAAUAUUUCCCCAACGUACAACGGCAUGUAACUUUAUUCCUACGAAAACAAGGAGAACUCGUAUAUUGGGAUAGCGAAACGCAAGAUGAUUCCGGAGAAGACCCCUCGGACCAGGAGUAA